CUUUCCGCUCGCGCCGCUCGACCCGCUCAGCCGCUGUCUCGCAACGACCUGGACGCCAACAAUGGCGCUUUAGGGAGCCUGGAAGAUCUCUCCCGCACCCAGGCUUUCACUGGCGCAAGAGCGACGCGAGCCCCGGCGUCGUGCUCUGCCCUCGUCAUCCCUUGUUGUUCCUCCCUCUCACCCCCCACUCCCUCCGAUGCGCCACCAUGCCCCGUCCGCACGCGCUCAGCGCGUUUCUCUCCUCCAAGCCUGGCAAGUCUUCUGAUAUCUCCUCAAACCCCUCCGCAUCGUCUCCAUCAUCUCCAUCGCGCGCCAUGUUUAGGUCACAAAAGGGGCCUGCCCUCUCCCCGACAACUGACUACACUGGCACCCUCCGCGAGACCUCGUUCUACCGCCAUGGCCAGCUCCGCCGUCUCGGCCUCGGCGGCGAAGUCACCGCCAUCGCCGUCGAUCCCCUCCUCUCACUCAUGGCCGUCGGCAGCGGCGGUGCUGUGCAUGUUUAUGGCAGCCCCGCGUUCCAGUUCACGCUUCCCGUCGGGACUGCGGGCGUCAAGUUCCUCGCGUUCCACCCGGGACACUCGCGCCUAGUCGUCAUUGACGAGACCAACACGCUCCACUCGUUCGCCCUCAACAACAUCUCCGAGAACUCAAAUCCCAAUGUCACGCCGCCGCUCCCGACCAAGGAGGCAAGCUACCCCGUCUUUGGCGAAAUCACCGCUAUCGAGCAGCCUCUCCCGAGCUACACCCACAUGUUGCUGGCCAUGCGUGACGGCGUCACGCUCGCGUGGGAUCAGCGGCAGGCGACGAUGAGCAAGUUCAAGAUCCCAAAUCUGUGGGCGCUGUACGAGGAGCGUCUGGUGCGCUCUGGUGUGCCCGGGCGACAACGGACUGUUGGAGGCCCACAAGCAACAUGCAUGGCGAUGAACCCGCGCGACCUCAACAUCCUGCUGAUUGGGUACGAGGGCGGCGUGGUGGCCUACGACUUCCAGAAGCGCGAAACAGCGAGGACGUUCGAACUCACGCUGCCUCCUGGUGCGCCCGGCGGCGGGAGCUACCAUGACGACGCGUUGUGGAGCGAGCGCCAGCCCGCCGUGACCAGCAUCACCUGGCGCCCUGACGGACUGGUCUUCGCCGUGGGACACGCCGACGGCUGCAUCGCGUUCUGGGCGUACGCCGACGCCGACAAGCCGUUCAUGGUGCGCACGCUCACCCACGAGGACGUGCAUGUCCCCGACGCCGAGGCGCUCAUGGAGGCCGGCGCGAUCCCCGGCGCACCGCCCGCACUCGAGGCGACGCACGAGAUUGAGGGCAUGCCCGUCCUCUCCGCGCGCAUUCCCCCCGCCGCCGGGGCGAAUCGCGAACCUAUCUUCAAGCUCGCAUGGGCCGGAUUUCCAGACCAGGCCACGCUCAAGCUUCUCGCCGUGUCUUCCGAGCUGCCCCUCACCAACGCGACGGCCGAGUACGCCGAGCGCGGCGAGACGCUGCUCGUCGUCCUCGGCGGCCAAAGCCCCGGCGAGAAGCCCGGCAUCAACCUCCUCCAGUUCCCGGCGUACACGCCACCGCCUCCCAGCGCUGCGACGAAGAAGGCCGCCAUCUUGUCUGAAGGCCUGACCUCGGCGGAGCGGCAGGCAUUCCGCGACAGCUUGGCCCCGACGGGCACGUCUAGCUACCCCACCAAGACGCCACCUGAGGACUUUGUCCUCCUGCCCCGCAACAGCCCAUACUUCAAUAUGGCACAUGACGCCAUCACGCUCUUCGUCCUCCUCACACCCGACGCGAACCUUCCUGAGCCCUCCGACCCGUCCGCAAAACGCCAGCUCGAGGCGUACGUCUUCCCACCGCCCCGGUCCGAUAAUCCGCCGCCGGUGCUCGGCAGGAAGACGUACGUCACGCCAGGCAACGAGGAUCUCGUGGCUAUGACUCCGGUGCCGAGAGGCCCGGCGGCACAGCGCGUUCAGAGCGGGCAGAGUGCGUCAUCUUGGCGCUUCCCGUGGACGGCAUCGACGCCCGGCCGCUCGCCGGCGGCGUCGGUCUCGAGCCUGGCGCUCAGUACGACAACAGGUCAGCGGUCAGUACGCCGCCGUCUCCGUGUGCCGUCGCAGCUGUGGUCGGGCGGCUUGACUGUGCUUGGUACUAGGCUCAUCUCCCUGCCCACCGAGACGUUCAUGCGUCUCCUCGAGCACGCGAUCGCGAACGAGGGGGCUGAGAGCGUGCCCCGCGUACCCCUCCGUGGUGGUCUCGCCGUCCCAGAUCUCCACUCGGCAGGCGCGCCCGAUCUCAAGGUCGCAAAAAUGGAGAACUACCGCGUCCUGGCGACGUGGCACUCUGACUGCACCGUCCGGUUCUGGGACAUCAGCCCUCACAUCCUUCUCCUCCCCACGCCGCUCGUGUUUGAGUAUCCCAAUCCGCUCCCGCAUCUCACGAUUCACGUCGGACGCAUUCUGCGGCACCGUGACGUCGCCCACCUCCCCCUCGCGAAGCUCUGGGCGACGGACCGCGCCAAAGUCCAGAUCACGGGCGUCCACCUCGCGCGAGAGACACUCGAGUGCGUCCUGACCUUUGCGACGGGCGAGGUGCUGGUCGCCAAGUUCGGCGAAGCGAAGCACACUUCACACUCCAUGCCCUCGUCCCCGCUCUCUCCUGGUAUGCGGGAGGAGGACGAAGACGACGCGCCUACCAACGGCAGCUACUUUCCCCAGCAGGAGUGGGUCGAGGAGCUGACCGAGAUUGGGCACAUGGCCAACUGGACGACUGACGGCUUCAAGCCCGUCGCGAUCUGUACGGUGCGCCGUGGCGCCGUAGUUUCUUGUGCCGUUUCCGACAUAGGCUUUAUUGCCGUUGCAUACGAGCAGAACUCGCUCGCGAUUCUGGACAUGCGUGGUCCGGACGUGAUCCUCCGCGAAGGAUUUGACGGCGAGGGGCGCACGAUGAAGCGGCGGAAGCGCAAGGCCCACCCGCAAAAUGUGGCCGCUGAGGGGUCGCAGAUCGGCGCCAUGCGCUGGACCAUCUCGGGCAUCGGCGGUGACCAGGCGCUGCGGCCGCGCCUGAUCGUAUCGUACCAGAGCGGCAAAACGAAGAUAUACGGCCUUAACAAUGUGCUGGGCGAGUGGCUCGUCGACCCCAAGCCGCCCACGUUCCAGAAUGACAGUCUCGCUUCACCGCUGGCGUCGUACCUGCUCGACCCGGUCACGGGCAACGAGCUGCUGGCCUCUCCCGAGGCGCUGUCGCAGGUGGUCAGUGACCCUGCCGCAGAGGGCAAGUGGACGAAGGAGGCACCUCCGCAUUGCCUCUGGAUCGCGGCGUGCAAGCGCACCAUCCGUGUUGCUGUUAAUUUCAACGGCGAGCGGUUCGCAAAGGUCGAGCUCGAGGAGGACCUUGCGUCUGUGCACUACAUCACGCGGCACGGCAAGCGCAUUCUCGUCGCCCUGACGACGGCGGGGAGUGCUCUCGUCUACAGCGCGCCUCAGCUUGAGUUCAUCACCCGCCGCGACCUUUUCUUUGGCACGAAUCGCCCCAUCGGCCACCUCAGCUUUGACGACCGCUCAGGCGAUUUCGUUGAGUACGCAGGCCCGCUGGACAUCACGCUCCGCACACUCUUCCACUUCCGCAAGCCGUUCCCACCGCGCAUCGACCCAUGCUACCUCAAGACCCCCACGCCAGUGCAGCCCACCCCUCUCUCCGCCUCUUACUUCGGGUGGAUGUGGGGCGCCGGCCCCAUCACCGGCGCGUCUCUCGACUCGCUCAUCUCCCCAGUGCGCGCUGCACCUCCCAAGCCUCCUCCUCCGCCACGCAAGCCUCUCUUGACUUGGGGCGACGCCAUCACGUGGGGCGAACCCCCCAAGCCCGAGCCAGAGCAGGCGAAGCCCAAGGACGUCAAAGUGAAGAACACGGCGGUGCGCAAGGUGCGCGCGCCUGAUGCGGAUGCACGGGAGCGCCGCGACGCAUACUCCCAGAUGCGGGAGGGACUGGACCGUCGCGGCGAUGCGCUCGACACGCUAGGCGAGCAUCUCGACCAUGCUGGCAAAGCAGCAGGGCAGUACUUCCAGGCUGCGCGGACGGCUGUCGCGAAGGAGAGCGCAAAGGCGGCGGGCAAGGGCAUGUUCUCCAAGGUAUGGUAGAGGUCGCUGCUGAGCAGCUAGCAGAGAGAUGUUGGAGAUCUGUACUGUAGUCUGUGUGUAUUGUAUGUCACUGUGCUUGAAUCGCUGG